UCUUGAGUAAAGUCUUUUUGUGUCCUUUUUGGCCACUCCCAGCACCAGCACGGCGGCUGGCUGGUUGUAACAAACGACGGUUCGCCUGACUGCAUUAAACCUUGCGGCUACAGAUCAGUAGACUUGCACACAAAUUACUACGGGAUGCAGUGUACAUCGUAAUACAGGACAAAAAAGAAAACACCUGGAAAGCUGUAGCUGCUCGCAGGAAUUCAAACAAAAGUUCCCGCGGAUGACAGGUUUACCUGGCAGGUGGGCUGAUUCCUCGUUCUCACCUGUUGUAUGUUCAGUAAAUCCAAAACCAGCGAGAUUUCCCACUGCGUCGACUACAGUCAGCUGUGUGGACAUCUGGACUCACCGAGUCACAAUGAAUAACAAGGCCACUGGUGUGCAGACCAUCCAGGAUGCCCUCACACAGCAAAAAGAAGACGAUGAGGACGAUGAAGGAAAGGUGACAGAAGACGAGGAGCCCCGAGGGUGCGGAGUGUGUGGAGAUCUGGCCAAAGGUUACCACUUCAAUGCUUUGACAUGUGAAGGGUGCAAAGGAUUCUUCAGGGUCGUAGGGGGGCUGGAGCCUAACCCAGCUGACAGUGGACGUGCCAUAAAGAGGUCAACGCAGCUCAGCUGUCCUUUCCGGAACAAAUGCAGCAUAACAAAAAACAACAGACGGUCGUGUCAAGCUUGCCGCUUCCGUAAAUGCCAGGCCAUAGGCAUGCGCAAAGAAAUGGUCAUGUCCGAGCAGGAGGUACUGGAGAGGAGGCGCCGCAUCAUGAAGAAGAAGAUACUCGACGCAGUACAGCUUUCAUCCCAACAAGAGCGAACCAUUCAGGAGCUACUCUGUGGCCACCGCCGUACAUUUGACUCAGCAUUUUACCGCUUCAGUGGCUUUAGGCCUAUGGACAGAAACAUCUUUUUUGUGAGUGACACUCAGUCUGCCAGUGAACCCUCGGAUGCCUACUCCCUGUCCGCCUCCUUCUCAUCAUCCUCCUCCUCCAGUCUCUGUGAUUCCUUUGAAAAACAAGAGAACCAAGAUAGCCUACAGGUCAGAAAAAGCAGUGUUUUCACUGCUCUUCCACAUGUGACUGACCUCACAACUUACAUGAUCCAAGACAUCAUUAGUUUCUCCAAAAGUCUUCGGGACUUCCGGUCUUUAAUAAUUGGGGAUCAAAUUGCUCUGUUGAAAGGAGCCUCAUUUGAAGUCAUGCAGAUCCGUUUCAACAUGGUAUUCAAUGCAAAAAGAGGCAUCUGGGAAUGCGGACAUAUUGCUUACUGCAUAGAUGACGCUGUACGAGCGGGCUUUCAGCCGCUCCUGCUGGAGCCUGUGCUCAAAUUUCACCACACAUUGCGCAACCUGGGCCUGCAGGAGGAAGAGUAUGUUCUAAUGCAAGCUAUGUCCCUGUUUUCUCCAGAUCGUCCUGGUGUGCAGCAACACGGGGUAAUUGAUGAGCUUUAUGAAAGCUUGGCACUGACACUAAAAACCUGGAUUGACUGCAGGAGAACAGGACCAGAAAAACACUUGCUGUACCCUAAAGUGAUGGCCUGUCUCACCGAGUUGAGAACAAUGACUGAGGAGUACAGUAAACAGGUUCUUCAGAUCCAGGACAUCCAACCUGAUGUUAUCCCUCCUCUCAUGGUGGAAAUGGUCAGUAAAAACCCUGUUAAUGACUUUUAGUGCUGACAUCUACUGUACAUGGACGGCUGAAGUGCUCUGGUUUCACUUCUGUUAUGUAAUAAUGAAAGCCUCAAACUGUAAACCAUCUAAAAGUGAUCAUUGAUUUAGUAUCAUUGAUUGUGUAUUGUGUAAGUAUUCUGUCAAAAUACUAAGUGAGUGCAUUUCUGUCACGUUAAUAGUCUUGAACAAAUGAACAUGAUUGUUAACCUCUCGGUCUGAAUGAGUCAAGUCUUUCUCAGACGUAGUGUGACGAGUGUGUUCUUUGCACACUUUCUGCAGGAAACCAUGAGUAAGCAGUGUAAAGUUGGUUUGUUUUAUUAAGUGCUGACAGUACAAAUAGAUCAUAGUGGAUUUAUACCUAUCCCAUGCCUAUGACUGCUGUCAGCAUUAAAACUUAAAGUUGA